GUAGCUGUCCGAUAAUGACAGAAUCAGAGCUGUGGCCUGAGCGACACAGUAAGACAAAAAAAACGGUGGUCGUUUCCCCUUAUGCCAACUCCAACCUUAUGAGGGACACAAAUGAGAAACGACAGCUGCAAAUUUGACCAACAAAUCUGAAUGGGAUAUUCAGUUAUCCCCCUCAUGUCGAAGCUAAAGUUACCUGACCAUGUGCUAGAUGAGGACUAAAGCAACGAAGAAAGGGAACAAAAGCUUGGAAAAGGAGAUAAACGUCAUCUGAACACUAAAGAGGAAGCAGCGAUUAGAGAGUGUUUCUCACUAAGGACAAAAAGCCUACUCUGGAACAAAAACUUGAAAAACAAAGCCACUCGUUUAAGUGCGAGAAAAGGUGAUAUCAUCAUGGAUAUCCUCGGUGGGGCACCUCGUGUUUUGGGCUAUCCACGCCCCGUUGUGGCACAGUGCGGAACAGAUGUGACUCUCAGAUGCCAAAUUGGUGGAGAUCCACCUCCAGAUGUUAUUUGGGAGCACAAAAAUUUUCAAAUUAUCUCUGAGGGACGAUACAAGAUAUCAGAGGAGGGAAAAACUUACUUAUUAAACAUUUCUAGAGUUACUCAAGAAGAUGCUGGUCAAUAUAUUUGCAAGGCAAGAAACAGCAUUGGGGAAACCUACGCAGCAGCAUCACUCAAAGUGGAAGGAGAGCUUCUUGAAAAUAAUAGGGAAAUUAUACAAUUAAAGGAAAAUGGUGUAAAUCAAUGUGGAGACUUUGGGGAAAACCUAAAUGGGUACAUGUUAGAAAAUGGUGCAAAAGAUAGGGAAAUGAAUGGAGAGCACAAGUGGAAGGGUCAAGCAAACGAAGAACUAAAGGAGUUUGAUUUACCAUUAAAUGAGAAGCCCAGGUUUCUCAUUAAGCCUCUGUCCCUACGUGUGGAUUGUGGAGAGGAUGCCACCUUUUCCUGCAAAAUCUGGGGAACGCCUUCGCCUGAGGUUACUUGGGAGAAAGACGGGAAGAAGCUCAAUGACAUCUUUGAGAGCUCCCACUUUAAUAUGGGAAGUGAAGAUGGAGGCUGGUUUCAGCUCAAGUUGUAUAGGACACGCAUGCCAGACAAAGGGGUCUACACCUGCAGGGCUACAAACUGCCAUGGUGAGGCCUUGGCAGGAGCUGUUCUUCUUGUCGAGCCAAUUCCACAGCGAGAAGAGAGUAAGAUUUCUUCAAACAGUCACAUCAGCAGUCAGAGGUCCCCCAAGCACAAAAGCGGACGGUUCAGUUUGUCAAAGCUUGCAGAGGAACCGCCCAUCAACAUAUCCGAAGUCAAAAAGUUUGUAGUGGCAGAAGGGAAGCAUGCCAAGUUUCGCUGCUUUGUGACGGGCAAGCCCAAACCCGAGAUCAUCUGGAAGAAAGAUAGGGUUCCCUUAGAACCCGACAGGCGUCAUUUGGUAUUUGAGGACCGUGAAGGUUUCUACACGCUGAAGGUUCUCUACUGUAAAAUGCAGGAUACAGGGCUGUAUGUAUGUGCUGCAUCAAAUGCUCUGGGAAACACCCUGAGUGCUGUACACCUCACUGUGAAAGGGCCAGCUGUGCGUUUCAGACGCCCAUUAAAAGACCUUGAAGUAAAGGAAAGGGAUGUUGCCGUGCUGGAGUGUGAGGUACCGGAUGAGACAAUCCCCGCUGCUUGGUACCUAGAGGACCAGAGGCUAAUGCCAAGCAGUAAAUAUGGAAUGGAGCAGAGAGGAACCAGGCGACGACUCACCAUCCAUGAUGUUGGGAUGGAUGACGAUGGGGUUUACAUUUGUGAGAUGCCAGAUGGAGGAAAGACCAUUGCUGAGCUAGCAGUUAAAGGCACAAUUGUCCGCAAACUACCUCGGAAGAUGGAAGUGCUAGAAGGUGAGAACGCUGCGUUCUGUGUCGAGGUUGAGAAUGACGACAUGGAGAUCCACUGGUUCAAAGAUGGUUUGAAGCUACACGAGACACACCAGACAAUCCUCAAGUCUUUCGGCAAGACUCACAUCCUAGUCUUUGUCAACGUGGCCCAUCAUGACUCGGGGGUUGUUACAUUUGUUGCAGGAAGAUCUAAAAGCUCAUCACGUCUCAAAGUCAAAGCAACAAGACACUGCCCACCAAUCUGCCCUGUGGGUGUCAAAAUGAACACAGAAAGACCCAACAGUGCUUAUCUUACCUGGUCGCCUGCACCCAACAGUCAGACCACCACACGUUCUAUGUUUGUCCUGGAGAUGCAAGAGCUUGGUUCUCAGAAGUGGCAGAAAUGCUUCACCUCAGAGACUGCCACCUCAGCGGAAAUCUCAGGUGACAGCAUUCCAUGUGAAGGGGACUAUCGUUUUCGUGUCUGUUGCAUCAAUAAGUACGGACGCAGUGGUCACGUAGAGUUCCCCAAAGUGGUCCACCUCGUCCCAGGACCCAAGAUACACAAGCCUCUCCAAGGCUGUGAGGUUAUGGAGGGUGAGGAUGCUCACUUCUCCAUUGAACUCUCUGCACCAAUGGUUGGCACCUGGUUUCUAAACAGCUCCCAGCUGCAGCAUGGUGGAAGAUAUUCAGUGCAGCAGAAUCAAACAAAGCACUCCUUGGUGAUCCAUGGAACUGGAGCAGCUGACGACACAGCAGAGGUCACAUUUAUUGCCAAUGGAGUGAGGGAUUCAGCUAUCCUGAAGGUUAAACCCGCAGUGUUCAAAUUCAUCCCUCUGUCUGAGUUGGACAGCUAUAAGAGAGUGGAAACCGGGGAUGCCAUUGUGCUCUACUGUGAGGUUAACCAUCCCUUUGCUAAAGUAUCCUGGUUCAAAGACAAUGAAGAACUCCAGGUGAGCAAUGAGCUGAACAUCCAAUCAGAUGGUAAUAUGAGAAGAAUUGUGAUCCAGUCUGCUGAAGCAUCUCACUCUGGAGUUUAUACGUGUCAAACUUCGGGGGACGUGAUUAAAUUCAAUGUGGAUGUCGAAGGACCUCCAGUAGAGUUCAGUCCAGUGUCAGAGGAAGAGCUUCAUAAGAACAGUAUGGAGCUGGAUCCAGUGGUUCUGCUUUGCCACGUCUCCAGAGAUGAUGCCGAAGUUUUUUGGUACAAAGAUGGCUGCGAGAUCCAGGCGAGUGACAACAUUACGGUCCAGAAAGAAGGCACCAUGAGGAGGCUAAUAAUCCGCUCUGCAGAAGCGUCAGAUGCUGGAAGUUAUGUCUGCAAGUCUGGAAGCAACAGCAUUGAGUUUAUAGUCAAUAUAAGAGAGCCUACAGUGAUGAUUGUUGAACCCAAAGACGAUAUCGUGAUGACAUACUAUGUAUCAGAGGAGAUUAACUUGCAAUGCGAGUUAUCUCGGACCAACGGGAAGGUUAAUUGGUUUAAGGAUGGUGAGGAGGUGCAGGAAAGCGACAACAUCCAGCUAAAAUCUGAGGGUCCUUACAGGAGGCUGACCAUUCCCUGUGGCUCUGCCAUGGAUAGUGGAGAGUAUGUAUGUGAAACAGAUGGAGACUCUGUCUUCUACCUGAUAACUGUUACAGAGCCACCUGUGAGAAUUCUCUCUCCAGGUGAAUCGGAGGUGGAACUCACCCACGUUGCGCCAGAGAGGCUUGAGUUGUGUUGUGAAAUCUCUCAGGCAAAUGCUCUGGUUCGGUGGUACAAAGACAGUUUGGAGGUAGAAGAGAGCCCAAAUUUGAUAUUGGAGGUAGAUGGGGCUCAAAGGCGACUAGUUAUACCUUUAACAACUGUGGAUGACACAGGGGAGUAUAUAUGUGACACUGAAAAUGACUCAGUGGCAUUUCUUGUUAAUGUCACAGAGCCCCCUGUGACACUCAGUCGACUCAAAAACACGCCGGACAGACUUGAAGGUUUUGCUGGCAAACCAAUUGUUCUAGAGAUAGAGGUGUCACGUCCUACAGCAGAGGUCAAGUGGCUGCUUGAUGGCAAAAAAAUAGAGCAGAGUAGUGAUAUCACUAUUGUAGAGGAUGGGCUAUUUCGCCGUUUGAUCAUCAAUUCUCCCACUCCAGAAGAUUCUGGGAAAUACACCUGUGACGCUGUAGAUGAUCAAAUUGAUUUCCAGGUGAAAGUUUCAGAGCCACCCGUGAAGAUCUUGAGAAAGUCUGAGAUUAAGACAGAUCUAAAGUUCCUAGUUUCAGAUGACAUUGAACUAGAGUGUGAGCUCUCUCGAGCCAACGGCAAUGCCAAAUGGUACAAAGAUGGCUGUCGAGUUCAGGAUGAUGAAAGGUUCUGCAAAGAGGAAGAAGGUGCAUUCCGGUCAUUGGUAAUCCUUAACGCGGAACUCAAGGAUUCAGGAGAAUACUUCCUAGAUGUUGGGGAUGACAAUAUCAGCUUCCAGGUCACAGUUGAAGAGCCUCCAGUGAAGAUUGUAGGAAACUCCUAUGACCCUGAUUACCAAGAACUAAUGGCAGGUGAUGACCUGAUACUGGCCUGUGAGGUGUCCCGUGCUAAUGCCCCUGUCCAGUGGUAUUGUAAUGACAGGCCUCUCACCAGCGAUUCCCGUACCUUCAUUGAAAGCUACGGAACUCUGAGAAAACUUAUUAUCUCAAACAUCGAGACCUCAGAUUCUGGAAAGUAUGUCUGUGAUGCAGUGACUGACAAGAUGAUAAACGUUAUCCGAAUACAAGAACCUCCAGUUACUUUUGUAAACAAAGAAGAUGACGUUGUGUUGACGGGUUAUGAGGCCGAAAGUGUGACUUUGACAAGCUAUGUGUCUAAAGAAAGUGCGGUUGUGCGCUGGCUCAAAGACUGGACACCAGUUGAAGGUGAACGCUUUCGAGAAAUUAUGGAGGGCCAUAAACGUAGUCUCAUCAUUCAGCCUUUGAGGCGUUCCGAUGCUGGUGAAUACACCUGUGAUGUCAACACUGACCAAAUGCACUUCAGUCUAUUAGUGAAAGAAAUGAGAAUAAAAUUUGUGCGACCCCUCGAAGACACUGUGGCUCAUGCUGAUGGUAUGGUAACCCUACGCUGUGAGGUUUGCAAACCAAAAGCAGAUGUUCAAUGGCUCAAGAAUGGUGUGGAGGUGGUUGGAAGCAGGAGAUUCUCCAUUCGAGCAGAUGGUGUUGAGCGAAGCUUGACCAUCCACCGUUUAACCCAAGAGGAUGCAGGACAGUAUGCUUGUGAAUCCAGGGAUGAUCGGACCGUUGCAAUGCUAAGAGUGGAGAUGCCUCGAGUUGUGGAGUUUCUCACCGAACUUCACAACACAACUGUGCUAGAGGGAGAAGAUGCCACCUUUAAAUGUGUUGUGUCUCCUGAGGAUGUUCACUUGAUAUGGCUCAUGGACAAUGAGCCGAUAACUUUAGGGGAGCGCUUCCAAGUGAGUCGAAAUGGCCUGUGUCACACCUUGGUUAUUAAGAAGUGCCAAAUGAUAGACUGCUCCAAGAUUGCAGCAGAAGCUGAAGGAAAAAUCAGCAAGGCCAGUCUCAAAGUUCAGGAAGCUCAGGUCAUGUUCACCAGGAAAAUGGAAGCUGUUACAGCAGAGGAGUUUGGGGAGGCUACCCUGGAGACAGAAAUCAGCCUGGAGACAGGUGAGGUCCAGUGGAUGAGGCAAGGGGUGGUCAUCCAGUCUGGUCCUCGGCAUACCCUGGGACAAAACGGCUUUAGAAGAAGCCUCACGAUACACAACCUGACCCUAUCGGACCGAGGAACUUACCGCUGUGAGACCCUACAUGACAGGACACAGGUCAAACUCAAUGUAGAACCACGAAAGAUCUCCAUACGCAAAGGCCUAACAGAUCAAGAGACCUUUGAACGGGAAACUGCCUCCUUUGAGGUGGAGGUCUCCCACGCAGAUGUGGAAGGAAUCUGGCAGAAAGAUGGCAUCCGUGUAAAACCAAGCAACCAGUUUAGGGUGAGCAUCAAUGGGCUCAUCCAUAGCCUUACCCUGACAAACUUAACUCUGGAGGACACGGGCACCAUUGUAUUUACAGCAGAAGGGGUGCGCUCAACUGCAAGGCUCACAGUCAAAGAGACACCUGUGGCUGUCCUGAAACCCCUGGUGGAUGUCCGUGUGGAGGAAGAAUUCCCAGUCACUUUAGAGUGUGAAUUCUCCAGACAAAACGUUGAAGUCAGUUGGCUUAAGAAUGGUACUGAGCUGAAGCCAGGGAAGAACCUCAGGAUUUACUCAAUGGGACGAAAGCGGUUCUGCCAGAUACUUCAGUGUUCCAUUGCUGACUCUGGUUCCUACACAUGUGACACAGGCGAUAUAAGCACCGUGUGCUCACUAGAGGUUUACGAGCAUGAGCUGGAGAUACUACAGGAUCUUGAGGACCUCUACAUCCAGGAAGACCAGAAUGCUGUGUUCAUGUGUGAGGUCUCUCUGGAGGACGUGACCGGGGAGUGGUUCAGAGAUGGUCACAAGAUCAGACCCAGCAGCACCAUAAAGAUCCGCAACGAAGGGACCAAACACUUCCUGCUGAUGUGUAACGUUAAAGUUGAAGAUGCAGGAGAAAUCCGUUUUGUCGCAAGAGAUGUGGAAUCAACAGCUUACCUUGAGGUAGAAGAACUCCCAGUUUCUAUAGUGAAACCACUACGAGACAGAACGGCCCUGGAGAAACAUCGCGUUAUCCUGGAAUGCACCGUCUCCUCCCCGCGCUGCGAUGCAACCUGGUACAAAGGCAAACAGGAACUGGAACCUUCAGAACGGAUGGAGAUCAUAGCAGAAGGCUGUUCCCAUAAGCUGGUGAUCAACCAGGUUGUUGUAGAGGAUGAGGGCACUUACAGUAUUCAGGUUGGGGAGCAUACAUCCAAAGCCAAACUUCUGGUUGAAGCCCAGGCCCUGGUGAUGCUGAAAGAACUUGAGGACGUGGAGGUGAUGGAGCCAGAGGCGGCCACUUUCCAGUGCGAAGUCUCCGUCGCCAUCAACAAGCCUCCUGUUUGGACUUUAAACGGAGAGACCCUGCAGUCGGGCCCUUCAGUCCGUCUGGAAGACCAGGGGACGGUCCACAAGCUCACUCUGAGGGACACUUGUGUGGACAUGAGUGGGACAGUCAGGUUCACCCUGGGCAAGGCCAAGAGCAGCGCCACGUUUACAGUUAUGGGAAAGUAGAAUCAGGAAAGAGGCAGAAAGCUCUAAAAUCUAUACUCCUUUAUUUAUUCCCUCCAUGUUUUGGUCUGAAGAUGUUAGGCUAGACGGAACGGACAGUUUAGUUGGUGGAGAUAUAAUUUGACUGUGUAGAUAUGAUUACAUUUUUAUGAUCAGUAUUUUCACACAUUUACAAUGAAUUAUUGCAUUUAGAUAAAAAUGUAAUAAAUAAAACUAAUUGGAUGGUGAAACUCAACAUAACAUGGCUUUCAUUUUGUACCAGCUGCUGUGAACGACCCAGAGAUGGAUUUAAGAAAUCUGGGGCCCAAGGUGGAGGCAGGCAUGGGCGACGAAUUAACAAAAACAUCUCUUUCUUGUUGUUUUUGUAUUUCUCUCCCAUUUGCCCUUGCAUUUAUUUCUCUUCAUAUCCAUUUUCUUGUCUUCAUUUUUUAUUUGCCUUUUGUCCCUGAAACUUUAUUUGGCAAGUCUUGAGAAGAACCAUAUCCACAUAUCCUGUUAACCGGUUACCUCUUUUCGUUGUGCAGCAUUUUCUGCCACACUUUUUCUUUCCCACUGAGGUGCCUUGAUGCAGCACUCUGGAAACAGCCUAUUGGUUCAGAAAUAUCUUUCUGUGUCAUACCCUCUUGCUUUAGGGUGUCAAUGAUGGCCUUCUGGACAGCAGUCAGGUCGGCAGUCUUACCCAGGAUUGGGGUUUUGAAUGAUGAACCAGGGUGGGAAUUAUAUAGGCCUCAGGAAUGUUUUGCAGGUGUUUAGAGUUAAUUUUUUUUGAUUCAGAUGAUUAGGUGCAUAGCUUUUUAGAACCUUUUUCACAAUAUUCUACUUUUGUGAGAUAGGAAUUUUGGGUUUUCAUGAACUGUAUGCCAAAAUAAUCCGUAAUAGACAAUAAAAGACCUGAAAUAUUUCAGUUAGUGUGUAAUGGAUCUAAAAUACACUGCUCAAAAAUAUUAAAGGAACACUUUGAAAACGGAACAG